AUGCAGUGUGGCAACGAGCACACGCCCCCUCCCGUGGACUACGCAGCACUAGCGGCGGCGCAAGGCGACCAGGAGCUGCGGGCCCUGUGGGAAGGCCCCACAGAUCUACAGAGGCUUCGGUGUCGCAUCCCGGACUCCGCCUCGCAGCUGUGGGUGAUGUGCCCGCUCGUGCACCGCCUCCUGUCCUGGCCCGCAGCCGCCCGCUGGUGCGCCACCUCCUGCCCGGCCCGCCGCCGCCCGCUGGUGCGCCACCUCCCGCCCCGUCCCGACGCCGUCCGCUGGUGCGCCACCUCCUGUCCCGCCCCGAUGCCGCCCGCUGGUGCACCGUCUCCAUCCUGCCCCGACGCCGCCCGCUCGUGCACCAUCUUCUGUCCCUCCCGGACGCCGCCCGCUCGUGCACCACCUGUCCCGGCCCGCCGCCGCCCGCUGGUGCACCAUCUCCCGUCCCGCCCCGACGCCGCCCGCUCGGGCACCACGUCCCGCCUCGCCGCCGCCCGGUGGUGCGCCACCUCGCCUCCGCCCGGUGGUGCGCCACCUCGCCGCCCGUCCCUGCAGCGCGCCCGACUCGCCCCCGCCCUCGCCGCCUGCUCCGGACCGCCCUCACCGCCCGUUCCGGACCGCCCUCGCCGCCUGCUCCUGACCGCCCUCGCCUACUGCUUUGGACCGCCUUCGCCACCUACUCCGGACCGCCCUCGCCGCCCGUUCCGGACCGUCCUCGCUGCCUGCUCCGGACCGCCCUCUCCACCUCUCUCGGCCCAAUGGGUCGCUUCUCCCCGCUCACCCGUCUCCGCCUGGGCCUCCUGCCGACCAGUCGCUUUUCCUGGGUGUUCGUGGUGGCGGACGUGGACCAACCGAUCCUCGGCAUGGAUUUCCUCGCGACUGACGACCUCCUCGUGGACCCCCGCCGUCAGUGCCUUCGUCGUCGGACUCCUGCAUCCAUGCCGAGCCCUGUGCCCAGCCACUUCCUUACCUGGAAGACAACACAACCUCCACUCUCCCGCUUCGCCGCCUCUCCCGCCCCCACUUCUCCCUGUCCCUUCGCCGCCUCUCCAGCCACCGCCGUCGUAG